GGAGUAGUGUGUUUGUGAGUGUGUUUGAGGCUCGUCGAGCAGCAGGGGCAACUUGAAAACUUCGCUGCGUUCAGCGACCGGAGAUUUGGCGAUUAGGAGCUGAAUCGGCUGCUCGGUGCUCACAGUCCAGCUGUGAUCGACAGAGGAGGACCGGUCCGGUUCCCAGCAUUAAGAACGAUUUCCGGCACAACAUGGAUGAUUUAGAUGCUUUGUUGGCGGACCUUGAGUCCACAACAUCCCACAUUUCCAAGCGCCCGCUUUUCCUGUCCGACGAGAGCCCCUACUCCUUCCCAGCUGGGGGUCAGACCCAGCAAGACAUCAGCUCUCCGCCCCAAGUCCCACCCACUCCCUCUGAGCAAACCCUGAACGGACUAGAUGAAACAGAGUCCUUCAGCUCAGCUCAGAGAAGUCCCUGGUCUAGAGGUAGCAGCAGUCCAACCCAAGCCCCUGGUGAAGAGGACCACGUAUACAGUUUCCCUAAUAAGCAGAAGAGUAGUGAGUCAUCAGCUUCUGCCAUGAACUCAUCUCUGGGCAGCAACCUGUCUGAGCUGGACCGCCUGCUGUUGGAGCUCAACGCUGUGCAGCAAAGCACCCCUGCCUUCCCCACAGAAGAAGAAGCAGCUCCACCACUGCCUUCCAGCAGCAUCAUCCACCAAGUCCACGAGAAUGGAGUCUCUAAUGUUGGUAAGGCUGCACCACCUGUAGUGGAGAAGCCCAAACGCAGCGCGACGACUCGAGGAAUAGAGGAUGUACGACCAAGUGUAGAGAGCCUUCUAGAUGAACUGGAAAGUUCCGUGCCCUCAUCCAUUCCCACACCUUUGGUGGUGUCAGAGGAACAAACAGAUGGACAAGAGGAAACACCAGCACAGCAGCAAGCCAGGAUGUCUGCCUCCUCUGCCACACGAGAGCUGGAUGAGCUCAUGGCCUCCCUGUCGGACUUCAAAGUCCAAAGCAAUUCUGGCUCUCAGUUGUCUGUAAAUCAGGAGGCAGUAGACACCUCACUCGUAGCUGGUUCACCAGCUGUUCAAGCUGUAACUGCCCCAUCUAUAAAUUCUCAUGCUGGUUCAGUGGAUACUCUUCUACUUUCUAGUUACACAACCCCUUCCUGUACCCCUCUUCCCCUGGAACUCCAUAUAGAUGAAGAUGGUUGUUCCGUCCCUACAACUUCAGCUGGUUCUACUGUAGUGAUCGCUUCAUCCAAGUUCUCCCAGAUCCAACAAAAAGAUGAUGGUGUCAGUGUCACCUCUGAGAUCUCUCACGUGGAGAGCCUCAGUGUCUCCAGUACUCAGAAAACUCCUGGCCAGCCUGAAGUCCACAGCUCUACACAGGUGUCAGCCACUAAAGUUGUUGCUAGUAAAGUCUCAAGUCCAGCUGAAAAGAGAUUCAGUCCAAUUACUGUUGGCAAAAGUUCUAGUCCAGGUCCCGCUGCCCAGAGCUCCAGUCCAGUGGUUGUUUCCAAGAGCCCUAGUCCUGUUACUGUGUCUAAAAACACUAGUCCCAUUCUUAGAGCCAAGAGUCCUAGUCCACCUGAUCUUAAAUGGUCCAAUCUAAGUCAGUCGUACAAGAGUCCAAGUCCAUUUCCCAUUAGUCAUAGUCCAGAAGCAGCUGCAAAGAAUCCAAGUCCAGUAACAAUGCCAACAACUACAGAGGCAGUGCCAAAGAGUGAGAGUCCAGUCAUGGUUCCAAGGCUUUCAAGUCCAAUACCUGUCCCAAUGAGUGCUAGUCCAGAAACAGUUCCCAAGUGUGCAAGUCCGUUGUCACUUCCAAGACUUUCAAGUCCUGUGACAAUCCCUAAUAUUCCUGGUUCACCAACUCUACCUAAGAGUUCUAGUCCAGUUACAGUUCCAAAGAGUGAAACUGCAGUUCCUAAGAGUCCUGUCUCAGUCACUAGAAAAACAUACACAGUUCCAGGCACCAGCAGUCCCAGAGCUUCACCAGUUUCACUUCCUACUGUACCACCCAGAAGUCUGUCUCCCCCACCCACAGAAAAACAGGCAGGGGAAGUACUGGAUUUAACAUGGCCGUGCCGGGAGCCUUUACUGGAUGAUGCUUUAGGCAAACUCUUAUCCCCUGACUCCCCCCAAGUGGGUGAGAACCAGCCACCUGCUUCUGUUAUUCCUGGAGAUGAAGACAGAUCUUGGGAGGAGGAAGAUGGUAUUUACCCUGAUCUGAGCCGAGAGGGAACUCUGACCCCCCUGACCGAGUCCAGCUGGAUGGACGAGUGUUUCACCCCCUCCACUUGCCCCGGGACGCCAGAUGCGGCGCUGGACCUGCCCAUACAGCAGCCCUCUGCUGUAGAGCGGCUAUCUGCUUCUGGCCAACUCAAGUCAGUUAUCCGGCGCACCAAAGAGACCUCCAAUGUGCAUCCGAUGUACAGGGAGGGACUGCUGCGACGUAAAAUGGGACCGAUCAUUGUGAAUAAAAGCAACUCUCAAGACCGACUCAUUGAGGAGCUGCAGGGGAAACUGGGGAUAGGGCGAGUGGAGCGCCGGCGCAAACAACAGCCAGAUGAUUGGCUGACGGAGGGAGUCAUCGUCAUGUCCAACCCACAGCGAACACGUGAGGAAGGGGUCCAGCCAUCUGUGGAUAAGAUCAUCAUCCCUCCUGAAUCACCUGCCCCACAGCGAAAAGUUCUCCCCCCUCCACAAUCUCCCCCAGCACCCAAAAAGCCACCCCCAGUUAAGCAGACUCCUCCGCCACUACCUCCUCCCCCUCCGACCCCUCCUCCUCCCCGAGAACCUACCCCACCACCCCCUAAAGAGCCAACUCCUCCCCCCAGGGAGCCCACACCUCCCCCCGUCCAGCCCCCUCCAUCACCUAGCCCCCCUCCCAAGCCCGUCACGCCACCUCCGCCACCCAAGGUCUUUGUAUCAGUGGGAUGUCAGACCGAGUACGACCCCAUCUUUCCACCAAUGCAGAUCCAGUCCCAGGGAAAGACGUCUCCCACUGCGCUCCCCAAACCAGCCAACAAGCUGGACAACAUGCUGGGAAGCCUGCAGUCGGACCUCAACAGACUCGGAGUCCAGACUGUGGCUAAAGGCAUCUGUGGAGCCUGCAAGAAACCCAUUGUUGGACAGGUGGUGACUGCCAUGGGCAGAACGUGGCACCCCGAGCACUUUGUGUGCACCCAGUGCCAGGAGGAGAUAGGCUCCAGGAACUUCUUUGAGCGAGACGGACAGCCUUUCUGUGAGAAAGACUACCACAACCUGUUCUCACCGCGAUGCCACUACUGUAACGGACCCAUACUGGAUAAAGUAGUGACUGCUUUGGAUAAGACCUGGCAUCCAGAGCACUUUUUCUGUGCCCAGUGUGGAGCAUUUUUUGGACCAGAAGGUUUCCAUGAGAAGGAUGGGAAGGCGUUCUGCAGGAAGGACUACUUUGACAUGUUUGCCCCUAAAUGUGGCGGCUGCACCCGUGCCAUCCUGGAGAACUACAUCUCUGCUCUCAACUCCCUCUGGCACCCCGAAUGCUUCGUCUGCAGGGAGUGCUUCACGCCAUUCAUAAAUGGCAGCUUCUUCGACCACGACGGCCAGCCGUACUGCGAGUCGCACUACCACGAGCGGCGCGGCUCGCUGUGUUCUGGCUGCCAGAAGCCCAUCACCGGCCGCUGCAUCACAGCCAUGGGCAAGAAGUUCCACCCGGAGCACUUUGUGUGCGCUUUCUGCCUCAAGCAGCUUAACAAAGGCACCUUCAAGGAGCAGAAUGAGAAGCCCUACUGCCACGGCUGCUUUGUCAAACUCUUCAGCUAGAUUGCGUGUCUGUGUGUGUGAAUGUGUGCGUACACGUUUGCGCACAUUUAUUCUUGUGUCUAAAUGCAUGUCUGGAUGUGUGUGCACUCACGUGUCUAACAUGAAUGAGUCAGUGAGGUGGUUUAUAAGACAGAAGGUGUUUUAAUGCGCUGGUGGAUAACAUCAGAAGGACGGGAAAUGUCUCUGACUCUUGACACUGAAGGGACUUCCCUGGCUGUCCAACCCUCUCAGGCUUGGCAUUUCACACUUUUGCUAAACAUUUUUAAGAGAGCCCAAAGAGAUUUUUAUUUAGAAGUUUUAUUCCUGUGUGUAGCAAAGAAAAGAUGCAAACCUCCCCUUGUGCGUGUGUACAUAUACGAGCAUAUGAGAGAAGUCGUAAGACUUCCUCAAAGCUGUGAUUUGUAAAUGAUUUUAUUCCCCCAUUGCAGGGCUAGACCUUGCACCAUAUGGUGGUUUUACUGUAUGCAGGUAUGAGACAGCUGCUUGAUUGCAUGGACCACGGAGAGUUGACUUAAUCCGUUUUAAAAUAUGUUGAGUGUUGAAUACCCAGUGCUUGGCCAAUGAGUGUUACUAAUCUAUAAAAAAGAUGUAUUUUUCUAGUUUUGGAAACUAUUGAGGUGCCAUUUAAAAUAACACUCCAUACGUACAUGCACAUAGACACACACUGAACUCAGUCUUCACUUCUUUAAAAUACCAGUUCAGACUCUCUUUGCACACACUCCAGCCACAGAUCUCUUGAUGAGACCGUCUUAAAGGUGCAUUUUACAAGUUAGUGUCAUCAAGAUGUCAUUAAGUUCUUAUUUUUCUACUGUUUUACUAUAAAAAAAUAUAAACCCAGAUGUUUUCUCAGUUUCAGCAUGCAGUACAUUCACGUGUGUUUAUGUAAUUUCAUUGUUCCCCAUUGGAAGUGAAAUCAAUCAUUAGGAGAAGAACCACACUGAACGCUUUUUUCAUGUAGCAACUGGGAACUUAGUUUUUAUUUCAGUACUGCAAAACAUGUGUUGUCACGUACAUCAAUAAUGUUUAAAGGAAAUUAAACCUUUGCAGGAUAGUACUAGGAUGUACUGUGGUUAUAAAUGUUGAACUUUUGCUGUUUUUGAUUUAAAAAAAAAAGAAAGAAAGCCAAAACCAAAUUCUUGAAAGUGGAGGUUUACUGCUAUCAAGAAGAAUUUUAAGCUUCAGUUCAACAUUUUUUUGUCUUCACAUUUUACUGUUGCUACUCUUGUGAAUUUAUCUCUGUAUUAAAUCUAUUAAUAAGGCUGGUUCAUGAUUCAUAAUUUGGUUGUGCAUUUGGAUUAGAAGCAUGCUUCGUUGCUUUUUUGUGGAGUUUUAUCAGCACUAGCUGCCAGUUGCUGUUACAAUCAGAAUCAAAAUUUCUAUAGACUCAAUGCGACAGAACUGUGUUUUGUCACUGUUUUGAUUAAAAUAUAUAUAUGUAUUUUUUUUUUUUUGAGCUGUUCUGGCUCACACUGAUUUGCAAAGAGCUGGCUCUAUUGGCAAGUAAGCUAACAAUAGUUUCACACACACAAACUUAAUAGGAAUCCUGUGCAUCAGACUUCCAUGGAAACACAGCCCUCAGUAUUUUUAGGAUGAGUCAUGAAAUAUGAUCCUUCUGUCCGAGUGGAUAUCUGUGCUUUGGUCACUGAUGGAAGCUGGAUGUUAUGUGUUGGCUGGUCAGGAAUCAGAAUAUGACCCCAAGCCAGGGCCAGGCUUUUAGCAAAAUUUACAACUCAUUGUGGGUUUUGUUUUUUUUUUUUUUUUUUUUUGAGAGUAUUGUUCGCCAUUCAUUUUGAUCACUAGGUGUGCAAGGAGUUCAUAUGCAGUAUCCACAUUCAGAUUGCUUUUACUUUGAAAGGAUAUUUCUUGCGUUCUUGUGCCAAAUGUGUCAAUGCAAUAAGGUCUUACACACUGUGGAGUUUUCAGCCUUUCCUGUGAUUUGACUCUUUCUGGGCUGAACUCCGGGAGAGGCUUCAUCUGCUGUGAUGCAUCUUAUCUCUGAAACCUUACACUGUAAUAGACAAGCCAAGGAGAAACCCUCUGUACCGAGUCACUCAGCAGACCGUGUAGUGUAAACUUGUAGCAGAUUGAGAUUUACAGGUAGCAGGGGUGCAGUGUGGCUGUUGGAAAGACAUUUGCGCCUUCAUUCAAACUGUGUACGCUGAAGAAAAUGAACAGGAAUUGUGAGUUCAUUUUGCCCCAUGUAUAUUUAUCUUCUUACGGUAUAUUGCCUUAUAGUUUUUUCUUCUGUCAAAGAAUUAAGGGAAAUAAAAUCAAAGCUGUUUACUGUUAAUGAGAUUAAGUGAACUUUGCUUUGUUAAAUGGAAACAUUCAUGUGAUCUUUUACCAUUUGAAUUUUCUCUGAACUUUUUUUUUUCUCGCUCUUUGUGUGGGUGGGUACUGAUUACUGAUUGAUUAAUAUAACUGCUGCAAAUAAAAUAAUUACUUUAUUUCUGG